UUGCAGAAUAACCACUCCCAAAUACACAACCGCGCGGCGAAGCGCGCGUCCGCAGCUAGUAGUAUCACACAGCUCGCCGCUAGAUCUUACUCCGGACCUUCCUAGCGACGCGGCGAAGCCAUGGCGGAAAUGAUCGCGAUAUCCCUCUCGGCGAAGGUUGCCGCAGCGCUGUCCCGCAAAGCGGCCAUCGACCUCUCCUCUCUCGUCGCCAUCCGCUCGGGCAUCGCCGCCGCGGCGCGGGACCUCGAGCUCCUCCGCGCGUUCCUCCGGUUCGCCGACUCCCGCCGCGUCACCGACGCGCUCGCCUCUGCCUGGGUGGACCAGGUCCGAGACGUCGGCUUCGAGCUGGAGGACGUCGCCGACGAGUACGUCUUCCUCUCCGGGAGUGGCUUCAUCCGCGCCUGCGCUAACAUCGGCGCAUGGUUUGCUCUGGCUCGACGACUAAGGAAGGCGCGGGAGAGGCUCCGCGACCUAUCGGGCGCGAAGGAGCGGUACGGCAUCCGUCCGGCCCAGGCUUCUGCGUCAAGCUCCGCUCCCGACGGCGGCACCGUGCCUGCCAUCGGCCGUAAGUUAGCGGAAGCGGCGCACUUCGUGGAGGACGAGGAAAUCGUCGGCUUUGUGGCGCACAGAAGGUCACUGAUGGAAUGGCUUACAGAGGACACCCACUCCCGGCGGACGCUGGUCUCUGUCUGUGGGAUGGGCGGCGUUGGCAAGACUACUCUAGUCACAAAUGUGUACAAUGAGAUCGCCGCAAGCCGCCACUUCGACUGUGCUGCGUGGGUGGCCGUCUCCAAAAAAUUUACGCCAGAAGAUCUACUGAGGAAAAUUGCCAAAGAACUGCACCGGGGCGUCAGUGCCGGCAUGCCGUGGGACAUUAACGAAAUGGACUACCUGUCGCUGGUGGAAGCUUUGCGUGGGCAUCUCGCCAGAAAGAGGUACUUGUUGUUGCUGGAUGAUGUCUGGGAUGCUCAUGCAUGGUAUGAAAUCCGCAGUGCAUUUGUCGAUGAUGGAACCGGGAGCCGGAUAAUUAUCACGACACGCAGUCAAGAUGUCGCAUCUUUGGCAGCAUCCAAUAGGAUCAUCAUGUUGGAACCACUCCCUGAAAAGGAAGCGUGGUCGUUGUUUUGUAACACUACAUUCAGGGAAGAUGCCAACCGGGAGUGCCCAUAUCAUCUGCAGAAUUGGGCUUUCAAGAUACUGGACAGAUGUUGUGGUCUACCGUUGGCAAUUGUAUCAGUUGGUAACCUCCUUGCAUUGAAGCAGAAAACCGAAUUUGCUUGGAAGAAUGUCCACGACAGCCUUGAAUGGAAUGAAAGUAGUGAUCGUGGGAUUGAGCAAGUGUCGAGCAUACUGAACCUGAGUAUCGAUGAUCUGCCAUAUCACCUGAAGAGAUGUUUCCUGCAUUGCAGUAUAUACCCUGAGGAUUUCUCGAUCAAAAGGAAAAUUCUGACCAGGUUAUGGAUUGCAGAAGGCUAUAUUGAGGAAAAGGGGCAGAGAACUAUGGAGGAGAUUGCGGAUGAUUACCUGAGCCAGCUAGUGCACCGUAGCCUGUUGCGGGUCACCUUAAAGAAUGAGUUUGGACGAGCGAAGCGGUGCUGCAUUCAUGACCUGAUCAGAGAGUUGAUCGUGCAGAGGUCAACAAAGGAAGGAUUCUUUGUAUUCUCGGGGUGCACGGCGACAAUGGUGUCAAACAAAAAAAUUCGUCAUCUUAUACUUGAUCGGUGCAGAAGUGACCAUUUACCAGCUUCAAAGAUGACCUUGCUUCGCACCUUCACUGCAUUUAUGGCAGAUGUGGAUGUUGCACUCUUGUCUGGUUUUAGGUUAUUAACCGUCUUGAACUUAUGGUUUGUUCCGAUAGCUGAACUGCCUACUUCAGUGACAAAUCUUCGUAAUCUGCGGUAUCUCGGCAUCCGUUCAACUUUCAUUGAAGAGCUUCCACAGGAUUUGGGACAGUUACAUAACUUGCAAACUUUAGACACCAAGUGGUCCAUGGUCCAGAGAUUACCACCUAGCAUAAGAAAUCUCAAGAGCCUGCGCCACCUGAUAGUGUUUAGACGCCGGUCUGCAGAUUUUAGGUAUGCAGGCCCUGGUACAGCAAUUGAAUUUCCAGACGGACUACAAUAUCUUACCUGCCUGCAGACUCUUAAACACAUUGAAGCUGAUGAGAAGAUGGUCAAGUCCUUAGGAAGCUUAAAACAUAUGAAAAGCUUAGAGCUAUGUGGUGUGCAUGAGAGUAAUCUUGUUCACUUGCCCUCGUCCAUCUCCACAAUGAGCGGCCUUCUGAGUUUGGGGAUUGUCAGUCGGGAUGCUAAUGUAACCCUGGACCUGGAGCCAUUUUAUCCACCACCCCUAAAGCUACAGAAACUUUCGUUGACAGGGAUGCUAGCAAGAGGUAAGUUGCCUUCAUGGUUUGGCAACCUUGAUAACCUCAUGCAGUUGCGGCUGUGUUCAUCUGCGCUCAAGGGAGAUUCAAUUGAGUUGCUUUCGUUGCUUCCAAGGUUGCUACACCUUAACUUGAACAACGCAUACAAUGACAAGAGCUUGACCUUUGCAGAAGGUUGUUUUCCAGUUCUUAAGAAACUGAGCUUACAUGGCUUGCCUAACCUUUCUCACAUAGAGUUUCAGAAGGGUAGUCUUGUACAUCUAAAUGUGUUAAUCCUUGGCUGUUGCGCUGAGCUAACUGAGAUACCCCAAGGCAUGGAAAACCUCAUACAGCUUGACAACCUGGAGCUUUUUGAAAUGCCAAGUGAGAUAGUACAAAAGAUGCAAGAUGGGGAAGUUUUAGGGGAGAAUCAUGAAGAUGCUCGGCGUACUACAACUGUUAAGAAUACCCGCUGGCAUAACGGGCAAUUGUUGGAAAAAACAAUUUAUACCAACCUAUUUGAUGUUCAGAAGUAGGGCACUAAAAAAGGAUGCAGCCAUAUGAAGUCUCCUCAAUGUGAGGUUUUUCAUGAUCGAUUAUGAACCAUGCCCAGCAACUGGAAUUCUCAGAGGUGAAAUAUCUGUGCUAGUUGAUGAACUGUAUAAAUGUAUUGCCUAUCACAUUCCAUUAGAUCGGUCUUUUGGGCGUUGGCUAGCGUAGCGAGUUCGAGUCCUGGUUUUCGCAAUUUAUCCUGAAAAUUGAUGUUGCUCGCUCCGUCCACGUAUUGGUCUCUUGAGUCGUACCUCUGAGUUGACUUGUGAUUAUCUAGUGAUUUUCAUCAGAUAGGUCUUUUGGUUGUGUUGGCUAGCAUAUAAAAGCUCGACAAUGAUCACCUUUAUUCGAUUACAAUUUUUAUACUCCCUUCGUCCCAUAUUAAGUGACGAAAUAUUACAUGUAUCUAGACACUUUUUGGGUAUAGAUACAUCCAUGUUUGGGCUGGAGGAGGGCGGAUUCGUCGCGCUGGGUGGAGGGCCACUGCGGCGUGCUGAGGAGGGCUUAAUCGCACCAAGCAAACAGCUCUUUCCACCGCAAAUCGCAGCAAGCGAAUCGUUCGUUUAGGAGGAGCAGAGGAGGAGAUGGUGAAGGGAGAGGGGCCUGCGACCAGGAUCGACCUGGGGACGACCUACUCCUGCGUCGGGAUGUGGCAGCAUGACCGGGUCGAGAUCAUCGCCAACGACCAGGGCAACCGGACCACGCCGUCCUACGUCGCCUUCACCGACACUGAGCGCCUCAUCGGCGAUGCCAAGGACCAGGUACAAUGCAAUGCAGAGAUGGCAUGCCAUGCUUGAGUGGUGUCAACAAAGAGAUGGCUACCCAUGGAGGGAAGAUAGCUAGAAUGGAAAAGAAGCUUUGAAAAGACUUGAAAGAAGAAACAGAGGCCACUUGAAAAGACUUGAAAGAAGAAACAGAGGCCAAUUGGGUCAUGCCUGACAUAGAGGUAUACUUGGGCCAUAUGGGAAUACAUGGGUAGCAUUCAUGUGAAAUUGAUGGAAAACGUGGAUAAUGGUAUUAUGUCAUUAGACUGAUAUUUUUUAAAGGAAAUGUACUUGCAUUUGUUUCCAGUUA